AUGUCUGAACCUGAAGCACAGUGUGCCCUCAACCCAGACGGGUCUCUAAAGGACGCCAAAGACAUCGUUUUUUACAACGAUCCUGAUGAUGCCGUCCCCAUUUCCACUCCAUCCUCUGCCCAACCCCCCACAGACGCCUUCUCUGUGCUACUGCAGACUGGACGCAAACCAGUGCCACUUACUGCAGGUGCUCGACGCUCCAUUCGCACCUCUAAACCUUCUGCACGCCUUCGUGAUUCCGACAACGCUUGUUCUUCAACAAGCCGC